AUGGCAUGCUCUGCAGACAACCGUGCGUUAAUACCUGGUCUGAUCUAUAUCACAACAUUCGAAGCGACACGUGCUCGUGCAAAUAUCUUAUCAACGAAUGAAUACUUUCGCGCUGGUGUUGGUGGUACAGUAGCUUCUCUAUGUUCUCAAGUGCUUGCUUGUCCGAUUGAUAUUAUUUCUCAACAUAUGCAAUUAGUUGGAUUGACGUCACCGGCAAAAAUAACUCGAACGAUAGAUGGAAUCUCAUCCAUGUCUGAUACAAAACUAUCCAAAGCAUCGACCAGUCGUCGGCAACAACGACAAAUCGAACGCAUACAUGUACCAAAAGAAAUCCGUGCAAAUAAUUAUUUGAUCUUUAAACACAUCUGUCGAACGUUGCUAUAUGAACAAAAUCCAGAGACAAACGCAAAGCCACGACCUAGCCUGAAAGGUUUCUAUCGUGGUUAUGUAAUAUCGACAUUUUUGUUCAGUUUAACAAGUGCCAUCUGGUGGCCAUCGUAUUACUUCUAUCAACGACAGAUGCUUCAAAUAGAAAAAAUCUUUCCGUCCCUAUUUCCUUUACCCGUACUGGCAAUUCAAUGUAUUGCUGGACCAUUAUCAUCACUUACAUCGACGAUAUUGACGAAUCCCUUAGAUGUAUGUCGAACUCGUAUUCAAGUCGAACAAGAACGUCGACGAGUAGCACAAAUCAUGUACGAACUAUGGCAAGAAGAACGUUUUGGUGUAUUUACCAAAGGUCUAACAGCACGUCUAUCACAUUCCUGUGUCUAUUCCUUAUUUAUUAUCUUCGGUUAUGAAACAGUCAAGCGUAUAUCAUUGAAAGAAGAAUAUCGAGGACUUGUGCGAUGGUAG